AAAAUGUUUCUUCUAUGGGUGGUUGUAGCAAGUGGGUGGGCGUCUUGGCAGGCAAUAAUGCACGUAAUGUAAAUGGCGGUGACCGUGUUAGAAUGGAACUGAUGAAAUUUUCUCAUUAGAAGUAGCUCAGGGCAAUAGAAAGCUUUUCGAUUGACGGUUAUCCCGGAAAUAUUUGAAUUUGGUACAACUACUUUAGAAGAGCACGAUGCCGGCUGUUAGAGGGGAUGGAAUGCGAGGGCUUGCAGUAUUCAUAUCGGAUAUUAGAAAUUGCAAGAGUAAAGAAGCUGAAAUUAAGAGGAUAAACAAAGAGCUUGCAAAUAUAAGAAGUAAAUUUAAGGGAGACAAGACUUUAGAUGGAUACCAGAAAAAGAAAUAUGUGUGUAAAUUGCUUUUCAUAUUCUUGUUGGGCCAUGAUAUUGACUUUGGGCACAUGGAAGCUGUGAACUUGCUGUCAUCAAAUAAAUACUCAGAAAAACAGAUAGGCUACUUGUUUAUCUCUGUUCUCGUCAACACAAAUAGUGAUCUCAUUAAACUCAUCAUACAGAGCAUCAAAAAUGAUCUGGCAUCCAGAAAUCCGGUACAUGUCAGUUUGGCACUGCAGUGCAUUGCAAAUAUCGGCAGUAAGGAAAUGGCAGAGGCAUUUGGUCAUGAAAUACCCAAACUUCUGGUCUCUGGGGACACGAUGGACGUGGUGAAGCAGUCGGCGGCCCUGUGCUUGCUGCGGCUGUUCCGCACGUCCCAGGAGAUCAUCCCGAGCGGGGAGUGGACGUCGCGCAUCAUCCACCUGCUGAACGACCAGCACAUGGGCGUGGUGACCGCGGCCACGAGCCUCAUCGACGCGCUCGUCAAGAAGAACCCGGACGAGUACAAGGGCUGCAUCAGCCUGGCCGUCUCCAGGUUGAGCAGGAUUGUCACUGCCAGCUACACAGACCUUCAAGACUACACGUAUUACUUUGUUCCUGCCCCGUGGCUGUCUGUGAAGUUACUGAGGUUGCUUCAGAACUACCCGCCACCAGAGGAUCCAGGCGUCAGAGGCAGGCUGAACGAGUGCUUGGAGACGAUCCUGAACAAGGCGCAGGAGCCGCCCAAGUCGAAGAAGGUGCAGCACUCGAACGCGAAGAACGCGGUGCUGUUCGAGGCGAUCAGCCUCAUCAUCCACAACGACACGGAGCCCAACCUGCUGGUGCGCGCGUGCAACCAGCUGGGGCAGUUCCUGUCGAACCGGGAGACGAACCUGCGCUACCUCGCGCUGGAGUCCAUGUGCCUGCUGGCGACGUCCGAAUUCUCGCACGAGGCCGUCAAGAAGCACCAGGAGGUCGUCAUCCUGUCCAUGAAGAUGGAGAAAGACGUGUCGGUGCGGCAACAGGCUGUUGACUUGCUUUAUGCCAUGUGUGACAAAACUAACGCAGAGGAAAUUGUGCAAGAGAUGUUGAACUACUUGGAAACAGCAGACUAUUCCAUAAGGGAAGAAAUGGUUUUAAAAGUGGCAAUCCUUGCUGAAAAAUAUGCUACGGACUACACAUGGUAUGUAGAUGUUAUUCUCAACCUAAUACGAAUAGCAGGCGACUAUGUUUCUGAAGAAGUCUGGUACAGGGUCAUCCAGAUUGUCAUCAACAGAGACGAUGUCCAAGGUUAUGCAUCCAAGACAGUUUUUGAGGCACUCCAAGCUCCGGCUUGCCACGAAAACAUGGUCAAAGUGGGUGGCUACAUCUUAGGCGAGUUUGGAAAUUUGAUUGCAGGGGACAAGCGCUCUUCGCCUCUUGUUCAGUUUCAGCUUUUACAUUCCAAGUACCACCUGUGCUCGCCCAUGACGCGAGCCCUCCUGCUGUCCACGUACAUAAAGUUCGUGAACCUGUUCCCCGAGAUCAAACCGCAGGUGCAGGAGGUGUUCCGGCAGCACAGCAACUUGCGCAGCGCCGACGCGGAGCUGCAGCAGAGGGCCUCGGAGUACCUGCAGCUCAGCAUCGUCGCCUCCACCGACGUGCUGGCUACAGUGUUGGAGGAAAUGCCAGCAUUCCCUGAACGUGAAUCGUCAAUUCUGGCUGUUCUUAAGAAGAAGAAACCAGGCAGAGUUCCAGAGAAUGAGAUAAAAGAAGGGAAAAGUCCUGUGCCGAUGACGAAUCACCAGGCAGAUCACAUUCCUGCAGUGGUGUCCGCGGUGAACAACAUCUCUGCGGACCUGCUGGGCCUGUCGACUCCCCCGGCCGCGCAGCCGACCCCCGCCAGCAACACGGGCGUGCUACUGGACGUGCUGGGAGACGUGUACUCCGGCUCGCCGGCCGCCCCCGCCACCAACAACAUCGACAGUCUGGGUGCUGCGCAGACCACCUACAAUGCCAAGAAGUUUAUUUGUAAAAAUAAUGGAGUCCUGUUUGAGAACGAUCUAAUACAAAUUGGUGUCAAGUCUGAGUUUCGGCAAAACUUGGGAAGACUUGGUCUGUUUUAUGGAAACAAAACAUCCUUUCCAUUGCAGAAUUUCUCCACUAAUAUCUCCUACCCAGAUGACUUGGCUGAAAAACUCAACCUACAAGUGAAACCUGUGGCUCCAAUUUUAGAAGCUGGUGCUCAGAUUCAACAGAUGAUCAACGUUGAAUGUGUAGAUGAUUUUAUAGAUGCACCCAGUAUGAACAUCACAUUUAUUUACAACAAUGUUCCUCAAAAGCUAUUGGUAAAACUGCCACUUACAAUAAACAAGUUUUUUGAGCCAACUGAAAUGAAUGGAGAGUCUUUCUUUGCACGAUGGAAAAAUUUGGGCAGCACACACCAGCAGAAGUCCCAGAGGAUCUUUAAAGCUACGCUGCCAAUGGACUUGACGGCAGCCCGUACGAAGUUACUUGGGUUUGGCAUGCAACUACUGGAUGGCAUUGAUCCCAACCCGGACAACUUUGUCUGUGCUGGCAUCAUCCACACUCGCAUGCAGCAAGUGGGUUGUCUGCUGCGACUGGAACCCAACAAGCAAGCUCAGAUGUACAGGUUGACGGUUCGCUCAAGUAAAGAAUCAGUGUCUCAAGAAGUUUGCGAUUUGUUAGUUGAUCAGUUCUAGUCCAACACCAUGCCACUGCAGACUGCAGAAAACUUUUGAACUCUUUACCGUGACUUGUGUGCGUUCAGAAGUGUACAACUCUGUGUAUGGGAAGGUAAUCGUUGUUUGGUAUCAUGUACAUUUGAAUGUCAAGAAUGAGUAUAUUACUAUGGCUGCUGACAUGCUGAUACAAUGGGAUCAUCUUUGUUCUUGGAAGUUUCUUGCUAUACGUUGUCUUGUUAAUAGAAGAGUAUAUUUCAUUUGCUUCCGAGUUGUAAAAUUUCUUGGAGUAUCGCGUAUACAUUUUGGUGUCUGCAUUCAUUGUUGAUCUGUUCAUAGUGACCUAUUAGGCUUUUCCUGGAACCACGUGUAAUCACAGUUUAGCUGUUGGCAGUACUGUAAAUCUAGGAGACCAAAUUAUUGUCAGGUUGAUUGUGAGUGUGUGUUUAGUUAGGUGUGUUUGUGUGUGUUUAUGUGGUCAAGUUCAUGAUAUGAUAGUAAAAUGUUUGUUUUAAUGGAAAACUAUUUUCAACUAAAUGUUAGCUCAAUAUUACUGGUAUUGAAGUUAACCCGUACAACACAUUAAGCUAUUCCAGAUAUCACCAAAAUUAUGCCGUAAAAAUUAUUUGAGCUGCACAAAUUAAAGUUGAGUUUCAUAAUUGAGUAGAAAUAUUUGUAAAGUAAAAUUUAUUUAUACAUAAUAUGUAUAUAUUAUUCCCUCAUCCAACUUUAUUAUUUAAAAGAUGUGGGAACUAGAUAAAUUUAUUUUCCAUUUCAGUACAAUGUGUAUUGAUAUAAAGUACAUGUGAUUGUGUGUAUAGAUAGUGAUAAAACUUGUACAGGUACAGUAAUAGUCUUGCAAUUGACAGCUCUGUAUUGUAACACACACAUAUUACUGUCUUUGCAUUUCACAAACAUGAUUUUAUAAGACAGGAAAUAGUUUUUUCUUUGUACAUAUACUCUAUACUCUAUUAAGUAAAAUUAUUUUUAAGAUUUUUUUUUUUAAAUUUUUAGUUGUAAAAUAGCUAAAAAAUAACAUGGGCUGUGUUUUGCUUCAUUUGGUUAUGCAUGCUGGUUAAUGAUAGGGAAGUGUUGGGGUAAACAAUUAAGCUUUGGCAAGUAAUUGUUUCGUUAACAGGAAAGUGGUUAUAAUUUGUCGCAGGAUAUUAUUACAUGUUUUUUUUAUUUGUGACAGCUAAAUGACAAAUUUUUUCUUAACUCUGCAACCAUGAAUUAUUUAUGCACAUACAACAACAUACUAUAUUCUGCAGACUAACACCACACUUACUGCAUUUCUAUAUUAGUUGCAAGGAAAAAAAAUUACUAUUUAUUACAAGUUAUAGAUAUUAUUUGUGCAUUAUGUUGGCUGAGCUGUACAUUUUUUUUUGUGUAAUGUUAGUGUUUUUCAUACUGUUUUUUUUUUUUGCGAAUAUUGAAAAUUUUUGCUGAUGUUAAUUAUAUAUUUUAUAUUGUACCUACAAACAGUUUACUUUGGUACAAAACAAAAUAAAAUGUAACAAGUUGUUAAAUAAUGUAAUUAUAUUGGAACAUGUAAUAUUGGAAAAAGAUAAGAAUCUCUUUAGUCAGCUGUUAAGACAAAACAUUUUCAGGAUGUGAAGAAAAUUAUAAUGUGCUGUUGUGUAAUGUGUAGUCUAUACAUACCAAAACGUAACACAUUGGUAACUUUCAAAUGUUUUCAGUCUUUUUUGUUUAACUUGAUAUGUUAUCUUUCUAUGAAGUGCAGAAUAAUUUUUUAAAAUGGUAAUUUUUUUUAAUAAUGUUAUCUAACUUAACUAUUUCUGAUGUGAAAAGUCAACGACAAUAAUGUUUCUGUUUUUACUUUAUUUUCUUCUGUAAAUCGUCAGUAUUAUUGCUUAGUGGUUGCAAUUCCAGGGUAUACCCCACAUGUCGUAAGUUUGAUAAUUUACUUUGUUAUUUAAAUAAAUCAACUUGUUAUACAACA